CAGUCAAAAGUCCUAAUGUAAUACCUUUACCCAUAUUAUCUUCUGGAAAGAGCCACUCAGCUUGUGUGAUCUGCAAGAAGAGAAAUUCAAGAUUGCUUACAUUGACCACAGAGAGAAGAUACCACAUCUUUGUAUUGACAGGGCACCUGUUAUUAUCUGGUGCAAGGUGCUGCAACUCUCAUUUGAUGCCAGAUUGUUCUCUCAAAGAUGAUGCCAUUAAAUGUCUGGAGAGUAUGUCCCUGAGCUCUAGGUCAGUACAUUCCACUACCUAUUUCAACAAAACUGAUAUUUGUUCAUUAAUAUCAACUAUAAGAGCAGCUGCAAUCAGAAAUCAGAAAAACAGGUUAGACUUUGACACCAGUUGUGGACUUUCAGACACAGAUUAUAUGAAUUUGACUGGAAUUUCAAGGGCAGAUUUUGAUGAUGUAGUCUCGCAUGUGCAGUCAAUAAGAGCUACCAAGAAUCGCAGCAUAAGGACCUGCAUUGCCCUUCUAUUGGUGAAGUUCAGAACCGGCCUUUCCAAUAGAAUGCUAUCAACACUAUUCAACAUUGAAAAAUGCGGUGUCAGAAGGGCAAUAACAUCAGCCAGGAGAGAACUGACAGAGACAUUUACACCAAAGUAUGUGGGGUUUGGCCAUAUUUCAAGAGAACAGAUUAUCCAGGACCAUACCAGACCUCUUGCUCAGGAAUUAUUUGGUAAUGGAAUGCACAAUCCAGCUAUAUUAGUGGUAGACGGAACUUAUGUUUUCAUCCAAAAGAGCAACAACUUCAAGUUCCAACGUAGAUCAUACAGCCAACACAAAAACAGACCCCUAGUCAAACCAAUGGUCAUAGUGUCAACAACAGGCUACAUUGUUUCAGUCCUUUGA